AAGAAAAGUAAUUUACAGAACUAAACUUGAUCCUUUCUAUCGAUCGAUUGCCAUUUUCUUGUUAUUUUAGUUUAGUACAUCGCAAGGUUUUAUUUUAUAACAAUAACAAUAUUAUUAUUAUUAUUAUUAUUAUUAUUAUUAUUAUUAUUAUUAUUAUUAUUAUUAUGUCCGGUCCGGAGUGUUGUGAAAACCCACCAAAUUAUCUGAGCGGAGAAGGAGGAGCUGGACAUGUCCAACAACUUGGAGGGUUCAACUGCUACAUUUCUGGUCCUGCUGACUACACCCAAGCUGUAAUCCUUGUUUCUGAUAUUUUUGGAUAUGAAGCUCCAAAGUUGAGAAAGCUUGCAGACAAAGUUGCAGCAGCUGGCUUCUAUGUAGUUGUCCCUGAUUUCCUCCGUGGCGAUCCCCAUGUAGCUAAUGAUGAGAGACCUUUAGAAGUAUGGAUAAUUGAUCAUGGACCGGAUCAAGGAUUCGAAGAUGCAAAACCAGUUAUUGAAGCUUUAAAGAGCAAAGGUGUAACUAAAAUUGGAGCAGCAGGCUUCUGCUGGGGAGCUAAGGUAGUCGUGGAACUAGCAAAAUAUGCUUAUAUCCAAGCUGCAGUGCUAUUGCAUCCUUCAUUUGUUGCUUUAGAUGAUAUGCACGCUGUUAAGGUUCCAAUCUCAAUAUUGGGAGCGGAGAUUGACCGAAGAUCUCCACCUGAGCUUGUCAAGCAAUUUGAGAUGGCCUUAAAUGCGAAGCCUGAGGUUGAUGCAUUUGUGAAGAUUUUUCCUGGGGUUUCACAUGGCUGGUCUGUGAGGUACAAUGAUGAAGAUGAAUUUGCUGUAAAAUCUGCUGAAGAGUCUCAUCAAGAUAUGUUGGGAUGGUUUGAGAAACAUGUCAAGUAAAAUUUGCUUUCAGUGUAGUGACAUGUUUUCUUUGUAUGUGUUUGGUAAUAAUAAAGGUUAGGAGGGUUUUCUUUCUCUGCAGCAAAUGAUUCCAUCCACAUGAGAAAUGAGUGUUGUUUGUGUUUGGUUUAUGAGAUAAUAAUUUGCAAGAGCCAUCAAUAGGACUCUUCAGGUGCA